CUUUUAAUGUGAGCAGUGAGACGGAGAAGUUACCUGGAAGAUGAUGGCACCAAGAUUAGAAGAAAUCUUUUAUAUUUGUCUCUGUAUUGGCCUCGCCUGUACACAGAGUUCUACUACCCCUCCAGCUCAAUCAACCACAAUGGAGAGCAAGUCCUUGACCACUGUUGCAACAAGCAGCAGCAUAACACAAGCACCCAGUGUGGCAUCAACCACCAACUCAACAGAGGUGCCUCACAUAACACCAGCCAACUCAACGGGACUGCCUAAUGCAACCACCACCAACUCAACAGGACUGCCUAAUGCAACCACCACCAACUCAACGGGACUGCCUAAUGCAACCACCACCAACUCAACAGGACUGUCUAAUGCAACCACCACCAACUCAACAGGACUGCCUAAUGCAACAACCACUAACUCAACAGGACUGCCUAAUGCAACAACCACUAACUCAACAGGAGUGCCCACUGUAACAACAGCUGCUCCACUCAAUGGAUCAGAAAGUAUGACCACAGUUGCAGACAACACUGUGGUGACAUUGAAUGGAACUGGCACCCCGAAGACUGUCGACAGUCAGGCCAGCAUUGCCACCUCUACCUCUCUAUUGACUCAAAGCCCCAAUGCAAGCACAGUGGGGACCUCCACUGCCAUUGUGAAUUCCACAGGACACCAUACCCUAGACCCUGGCCUGAUUGCUCUUAUUGUAAUCCUGGUGGCAAUUUUACUCAUUGGGUUACUCGUUACUGCAGUGAAAUAUUCACAGCAAGGGAAACCGGAGUUUAAACGACUUCAGGAAUUGCCGAUGAACAGCUUAAGUGAAGACGCUCCAUUUGCUCAGUAUCCACCCAAGUAACACAGAAAUGCACGCUUGACUGCAUGAGAAUAUUCUGGAAAGUGUUACACCGCUUGUUUGGCUUUUGGCAAAGCUACUCACCCAGUUAGCUGUUUUCGCACUUACCUGCCUGCUCGCUCAUUUACUUACUGUUCUGCUGAUAAUUUCAGUUAACCCUUUAACCCCCAGAGCCUGACCAACUCUAACCUAGCUGCUGUACAAACGCUUGCACACUUGCCUUAGAAUGUGGACUUUCUGUUGGAAAUGAUAAUAAGCAGCUUCUAAUUUAGCUCUCGAGGCCAUUGUAAUGCUAUGAGCCUUGGUUGUCAUUGUAUCAAUGUUUUCUACUUGGUGGUGUGGAAGAUGUAAUUCACUUCUUCAACCUUAACAGGUUUAAGUUUAAGGCAAAAUGUUUGACCAAAUGGUGGCUUUAUUUUUUGUAAAUGGGAAUGCUAUCUCUGGGCAGUGGAUCUGUUUAGGCAACUGCCCUGAACCCAAUCUCAAUUCAGACUUAAAACACAGCCAAGAGACCCCCAACAGUGGUUUGUUGUGCAAAGCUGAAUGCUGCUAGCGCUGUGCCUGGGUUAGUUUAGUGCAAUAGCCCAGAGGAGGCAACAGCGUCAUGGUAUUAUCGCUAGACGAUUAAUCUGGAGACCAAGAUAAUGGACCUGGGUUCAAAUCCUGUCAAUGGCAGAUGGUGGCACUUGAAUAAUCAAUUUGCAAGUAACUGUCUAGCAGUGGCCACAAAGCUGCUAUUGACUGUCAGGGGAAAAACACAACUGGUUCACUGUGGAAAGGAAAGCCAAUGCCCUGGCCUGGUCUGGCCUAUAUAUGACUCUAGACCCACAGCAAUGUGGUUGAAUCUGGGCAAUAAAUGUUUGUCCAACUAGCAAUACCCAUCCUCUGUGAAUGAACGUUCAAAAAAAAAGCUGUAACCACCAUUCUGUAAAUAGAGGGAAGGGCAAAGAGACUGUGUUCCAGAAGAGUUUAAUUUCGCCGCUGACCUCAGAUAGACAACUUUGAUUUUCACUGCAGCCCGAGUUAAUACACAGGACUCAACUGGACAAAGGCAAAGAAUCCACAUUAUCCCCAUUAGGAGUCUUUCAGUUACAUCAUGAUGAAGAUCAGUAUCUGAGCUCAUCAGUUGUACAACAUCAGCAUCCUUAUCUAACAAGAGUCUAUCAACCUCAGUUCUGAACAUCUCAAUUACACUCCCAUUUCCCAGCCUUCAACAGCUGUUUGGGGAGAAAGGAAUUCUGGAUUUCCACUGUGUGUGAAAACCCUUCUUCACAGGAAACAGUGUCUCAUCAGCAACAUUAUUAACUCUUAUUCACUGUAAACAACUUGUUAGAUCACCCCAAUAUGGAAACACUAGUCUAGUGGAUGCAACAUCGUUUGAGGUAAAGAAUUAAACUGAAACAAUUGUUCUGCAUCUUUAGUGAAUAUCUGUGUUAGUGUUUCCGGUCAAGUUUUGAAAAACAAACUUCAAAACCAACUUGCUCACUCUGAUACUUAGAUCCAGCUCAUGACUUUGGAAAGCAGCCCAAGGUUUGUGUCACUGAGGUAGGGAAAGCAGCUACUGCAAUGUAAACUCUCACUGGGUCACAUACCUGCGCUCCCUUGAUGACGGUGAUGAUGAUGAUGAUGGUGUUCCUUACUCCAGUCAAAAGCAAAAAGGCAUUUUUCCGUUCAUCCCUGUUCCUAUUGUGUAUACCAUUGGCCCCACAAGCCAGCUCCUGGGUUCAGUAAGAGCCUGAUUAUGGCCUCAACUCUGCUUUCUCACCUUCCCCCCACUUGUAAAUCAAAAUUCUGACUAAUGCAGCCUUGAAUAUAUUUAAUGACCCAGUCUCCACUGCUUCUGGCGAAUAGAAUUCCAAAGAUGAAUGACCCUCUAAGAAAAGAAAGUCCUCCAAAGUAAAAGAGACUCAUUAUUUGGAAACCCUUCCCCCAC